UCUUGAAAGCGCAGAGAUGGGGAAGAAACUGUGUGGGACGAACUACCCGGUCAGCAUCGGCUUCAUCGUGGUGAAUGAGUUCUGCGAACGCUUCUCCUACUAUGGCAUGAAAGCACUGUUGACUCUGUACUUCGUCUCCUACCUGCACUGGGACAAGGACCUGUCCACGGCCAUCUACCACGCCUUCAGCAGCCUCUGCUACUUCACCCCCAUCCUGGGCGCUCUGAUCGCCGACUCCUGGCUCGGGAAGUUCAAAACCAUCAUCUACCUGUCCAUCGUCUACGUCAUCGGCCAUGUGGUCAAGUCGGUGGGCGCCAUUCCCACGGUGGGAAACACCGAGGUGCACAUCGCCCUGUCCAUGGUGGGGUUGAUCCUGAUCGCUCUCGGCACCGGGGGAAUCAAACCGUGCGUGGCGGCCUUCGGAGGAGACCAGUUCGAGGAGGAGCAUGUGAGCGAGAGGCAGAAGUUCUUCUCCAUCUUCUACAUGUCCAUCAACGCCGGCAGCCUGCUGUCCACCAUCAUCACCCCCAUCCUGAGAGGAGACGUCCAGUGUUUCGGCGGCGACUGCUACGCUCUGGCUUUUGGGGUUCCUGCUAUCCUGAUGGUUGUGGCUCUGGUGGUCUUCAUCGCCGGCAGCGGCCUGUAUAAGAAGAACCCCCCCCAGGGGAACAUCCUGGUGGAGGUCUGCAGCUGCAUCGGAUUUGCCAUCAGGAACCGUCUUCGGAGAUGGAAGUACGAAGCACCGCGGGCCCACUGGCUGGACUGGGCCGAGGACAAGUACCCGAAACGUUUGAUCCAGGAGAUUAAGAUGGUUCUGCGGGUUCUGAUUCUCUACAUCCCUCUGCCGAUGUUCUGGGCUCUGUUUGACCAGCAGGGCUCCCGCUGGACGCUCCAGUCCACCAGGAUGAACAUGGCUCUCGGCAGUUCUUUCAAUGUGAAGCCCGACCAGAUUCAGAUGUUGAACCCCCUGCUGAUCCUCAUCUUCGUGCCGAUCUUUGACCUGGUCAUCUACCCGCUGGUCGGCCUCUGCAGGAUCAAAAUCACGCCUCUGAGGAAAAUGGCCACCGGGAUGGUCUUCGCUGCUCUGGCCUUUGCAGCUGCCACCGUGGUGGAGAUCAACGUCGUGAGCACCGUGGUGGAUCCUGCUCCUGCGGGGAAGUGUCUGCUGCAGGUUUAUAACCUGGCAGAGGAGCCGGUGACGGUGAAGAUCCCCAACAGCGACCUGUUCCAACAGCCCAUCCAGCACCUGCAGGACCCCCCCAGGUACGAGAGCCUCCGCCUGGACGGCCCGUCCAAGAGGCUGCAGGUGGAGCUGGACGUCCAGGGACGGUCCUCCUGGUGUGACCUGACCCUCCAGGAAGAGACGGCCUACAGCCUCAUCCUGCACCCCGGCCCCGGCGGAGUCCAGUGCCGGCUGGAAACGGACAACAUCCACAAGAGCGACGACGGGAAUCCCUUCGUCAGGUUCGUGAACACGCAGCCCGAGGCGCUGGAGGUGACGCUGGGAGACACGCUGUUCGCCGUGGAUCCAGGAUACGGCGUGUCUGCCAACCGGACGGUGGACCGGGGACGAUACUCGUCCGUCAGCUGCUGCUCCGCCUCCGGCGGCUGCUCCAACUUCACCCUGGGCCUGCUGGACUUCGGAGCCUCCUACACCUUCGUCCUGACGCAGAACGGCGGUCGGACCGAGGCCCAGGGCCUGCUGGACGUGGAACCCAACAACGUGCACAUCGCCUGGCAGAUCCCGCAGUACGUCCUCAUCACCAUGGGGGAGGUCAUGUUCUCCGUCACGGGUCUGGAGUUCUCCUACUCCCAGGCUCCGGCCAACAUGAAGUCGGUGCUGCAGGCCGGCUGGCUGCUCACCGUGGCCUUCGGGAACGUCAUCGUGCUGAUCGUGGCGGAAGGCGCCGGGCUGGAACAGUGGAAGGAGUUCGUCCUGUUCGCCGGCCUGGUGCUCGCCGUCGCCAUCAUCUUCUCCAUCAUGGCGCACUUCUACACCUACGUGACGCCGGAGCAGCUGGAGGAGCUGCAGCAGGACGACGACUCCGGCAAGAAGAAGGGCGGCGGCGGCGGCGGCGGCGACGGCGACGCGGUGAAGAUGAAGCAGUACGACUCCUCCGGGAACCAAACCGAGAAGAAGACCAGACUGUAGCUGAGACUGAACAGGAAGUGCAGUGCUGCACUUCCUGUUGUCCGUCUGGGAUUUCCAGCUUCAGUCACUUUUUAAAUAUUCAUUUUCAGUUUGACGAGUUGAUCAGGGUUCAUUUAAAUUCAGUUUCUCCUCCUGCGCUGCUUCAUCUUGACGCCUGGCUCCUUAAUCUGCUCAUGAAUCCGUCACGCCGGUGAAAAACGGCCCCGAUCUCCCAGUGCAGGAAACGCCUUUUAAAAUGUCUUUAAUGUGAGUUUUUAUGCAGCUGAGACAUGACUCACUUCCUGCUCUCAGAUCAGCCUGUUAAACCAGCGUUAGUCCAGAUCUGACAGAAAAUAAGACUUUCAGAGGAGAAGGGAGCUCAGAGCUGCAGUCAGUCGAUAGCUAACCCCCGAGGAGCUGGGCCAAAGAAGGCUCGUCUCGGUCCGCCGCUCGGCUGCGAUCAGGAUCGUUUCCUUUCUGCUGGUGAGACUCGCCACAUUUCUUUUCCAUUGCUCUGAUAGUUUCAUCUAGAAUUUGAUUUCCAUGUUUUUCCAUUGAUCAGGAUGAGGUUCUUACAUGUCCUUUUAUUCUCGUCCUCAGUUUGAUUUUCUGAGUUGAAAUGAUGUUUAAACGUGUUAAAUGUGGGUUUCAGCCGCGGGGGGCUAUCGUAGCGGCAGACCGGUGGAUGGUCGUGUGCUCGGAUGGA